CCUUCCUCCCAGCGUAGAUGCACAAGUAGCGGCACCCCCUGGAGAGCUGGGAGGCCCGCCCGCCGCAUUGCUAGCCGACGGCUUUGACUCUCCGCCUGCCUUGUGUUCCGCUGCAUGUUGGACGACAGCUUCGAUACGUCCCGCCGCCUUGCUAGGCUUACCGCCGCAUCGCUGGUGAGCGGCCCGGCGCGCCGCCCGCCUUGUGUCCCGCUGCACGCUGGACGACACAACUUCGGCCUUCGGGAUGCCCCACUUCCUGCCCCGCGGCCCCUCAAAUCCUGGAUUCUGUACCUCUUUAGGCGGCAACGGGGAAGGCAGCUCGGGAGGCGUCCCAACCCCGUUGUGAGUGAAGCCUCGGCGCUCUCCCCACCUGGCGAGGCAGUCCGGCGGCCGGCUCCCGCCUUUUCUGGCAUCGCCUAUCACGUGGAACGAUGGAGACAUCGCGGCCAGCACCAUAAAGCACGCACGAGCAGCGCGUGGGCGGAUGGGACCGCUCUCCAUCGAUUCCUCACCACUGCACGAGGCGUCGGCGCUAGCGCUCGACGAGCAUCUGGUCAUCAUCUUCUUCCAGCAUGCACAUGUACUGGACGCCGAGAAACUGCCAGCAGCUCGGCAACGGCAGCUCGCCGUGACGGCGCCUCAGGGUGGCCCACCUCGGCGGCGGGGACUGGAGAAGCCACGAACAACGCUAUCGACGCGAUGCUAGCAGCCUGGCACUGGACGGAGGUGCAGGGCAGCCGUGCAUGGUAACGCGAGUGAAGAGUGCCUCUGCCCCUGUCAACAAUGGCGACUAGGUGGGCGCAGCUCUGCACAAUGCAUAAUGAAUCGAUAAUCUUCAGUUGAAUCAUGUCUUUAUGACAUGUAUGAUUUAGCUUCAAGUUAUUUUCUUUUCAAAAAGAAGCUGUGAAGUGGUACGGGAUGGACACGCUGCACCGACGGGCCACACACAUUGUGCAAUGCAUGCGGCAUCCGCUAUAGGAUGGGAACCCAGAGAUUGGUCGGGAGCGACAGGCAAUCUGGAGCAGUAAUACCUAGAAAGGAUAAUUCUAUGCGUGACAUGUGUGUUGUUAGUUAGCUUUUGCCAAUCACGGUAGUAGGACCAUGUUCUCAGGUAGCAACCUGCUGGAUUAGUUCUUCAGUGUGCUUUUGAUUAACAUACAUGGCGGCGUUCUGCGUGAUGUUUGCGCCCUCGCUGUCGCCGGUGAGGAA